AUGUCUCUGCCUUUGAAGCAGCAAUGUGUCUGCUUGAGUAUAUAUUUGGGCUCCUUUUGUCGAUUUCUCACACAAUUUUUUAGUAUCAACAAAAAUUUAAAAAAAAUGAAAAAUAAAAAGACAUUUUUCCCAGUCGAAUUAUUAUCGGAAAUUGUCCAUUUUAUUCCAUUUAAUAUAAAAUGGUCAAAAAUUCGUGUAUACAAAAUAUUCGAUAUUUUAAUUUUUAAUCGUAUGAGAACAAGGAUGCUUCGUUUAAAAUUUUACAGAGAUGAAGUUAUUGUCUUUCUGACGGAUUUGGUUGAUAUAUUUUCUCGCCCCAUUGAUUAUGACAACAUUAGUUGUGAAGAUUAUUCAGUACUUGAUAGGAAUAUUUAUUGGUUCGAAAUUGAUAUGAUUGCGUGGCAUACUUUUUCAAACGAUGAAAAAUUAUCUCGUCUACUUAAAUGGACUGUUGUGGAGAGUAAAAUAGAAGUUUAAGCAUUUAUUAUCAGUUUUUGCAAUUUUUUUUUAAUUUUCAGCUUAAAGUGUGUUAUAUUAGUAAGAGACAAAAGCUGCAUGACUUUUUUAGUAAAUGUCUAAAUUUUUUUGGUGGGAAAAAAGUUAAUGAAUUUGACGAAUGGAAGCUUUGGGCAGCCAUUUUUAGAUGUUUAUUAUUUUAUAUU